AUGGGCCCUGGCCGUGAUCAGAUCGAAAAGGAGGGCAAAGGAGUGAAAGAAAAGUUCAAAGAUGACAGUGUGUGCAAGUCCUUUCUUGUUGGACUAUGCCCACUUGAUGUGUCCAUUCUCGGUGGGAAGCGCAAGUUCAAGGUGUGUGAGAAGAUCCAUUCUGAGUUGAUGAAGGACCAGCUCGCGAAGCAUCCCGAUGCAGAGCAACUCAAGCGCGAGUACGAGAAGACACAGAUGCGAGAUUUGGACUUUGUCAUCCGGGAAUGUGAAGCACAUAUUGCUUCGGAGAAAAAUCGGAUACGUGAGGAUGUCCGACGAAAGAAGCCUCCCCUGCCGAUCCAAGUGAAUGACAAGCUGGCACAGAUGAAGCGAGAAAGCUCUGCACUGAUUCAACGUGCGGAAGCUUUGGAUGAUGACAAGGUUCGGGAGAAGGAAGAACUGAUCCAACAGGCGAAUGAUGUCUUGAAAGAACGCGAAUCAGUUUUAGAAGAAGAGACCAAGAAGGCCAUUGCGGCGUUGCCUCCACAGCAGAAACUCCAAGCAACCACAAACAGGGAAGCUUUGCUGACUUUCUCAUGGCUGCUGCAGUGCCCCGGUCAUGGAGCCAUGGAGCUUCACAAGGCGCACGACCAGCCCUUUGCGGUUCCGGUCACGCGGCGUUCCCCGGAAUGGGGCUGGCUGGAAUAUCUACUCCAUGCAAGUUGUAGCACCUACAGGCUACGGCUCCGUUCCGCAUGGUCAGUGGCCAACAAACGCCUCAACGUGGAGUUCGAGUCUCGAUGCAAAGGGUUGCUGCAGCUCCACGCUUGGCUACCGGUUGCUGAGAUUCCGUUUGGACAGACGGUGGAGGACAUCUGCAGAAACGGCUUCAAGGCUGGUCACACUGGCGUGUCGUUCCACGUUGGCAAUCUGCAGCUUCCAAGUCUCUACAGUGACGGUCGCGACCGGGGUGGCAACGACCGCGGCCACAAUGUGAAGAGCCGCGGGAGGUCUUUGCCUGCUGGGCGGCGCUUGUACGAGUUUCUGCUCUGUCGCCUGGGCGCUGGGCGCUCGUAUCUCAUUGACAAUCCGUCGCAUGCAGAAACAUUGGCCUUGCCACCGGAGUACGACAGCUUCUUCACGCGGCACAGCCCUGCGAAUGAGCAGGUGAUACACGAAGAGUAUCCAGGUGUUCUGCCCCGGCAUGUUCUGCAUCAUGAGUACAUGGUCAGAGAUCCUGCGCAGGCACUGCCUGUCUAUUUGGUGCAUUUCGAGUUCGAUCCAGAAAUGCCAGAGCUGCUCAAUCUUCCCCUCUGUGACCACUGUGGUCUACAAGCGGCGAUGGUCUACUGCGAAGCAGAUGAUGCAAUUUUUUGCAGACCCUGCGAUGGCCGGAUUCAUUCGGCGAACAAGCUGGCUGCCCGUCACAUCCGUGUUGACAUCAAUCGACGUCCCAAUGCACCAUUGGGAAGUUGUCCAGAUCAUGCAGGAUCCGAGGCGGACAUGUACUGCACAGAAUGCAAAGUUCCCGUGUGCCAGCAUUGCCGCAAGCUUGGGAGCCACAGUGCAGGAGAAGCCAAAAAGCACCGUCUCGUCAACCUCCGUGAAGCAUAUCAGCAUGCGCUGAAGGCAAGCACAGUUACGGCAAACAGCGUCCUGACAGAUCGGCAGCGUGUGGAAUCCCAGCAGGUUUCUGAACUGGAUCGGCGUCUGGUUACUGUGCAGGAGUCCACCCAGGCUUUGGAGGAUGGCAUCUACGACCAAGUGCAGCUUGCGGUCAAGCAGGGGCAGGCCUUAGCAGAAGAGCAGGCGCUGCUCCUCAUGGCGGACGAGUUGGAAGCCAAACGGCAAUUGGAUCAGGCAGCAUGGAUGGAUUCCUUCUUGGAGGAACAUGUCAAGAACUUGCCGCCCCCUGACUUUCUGGAAGCGUGGCUGCAGCAUGCCAAGGUCAGGCAAGAGGUCAGCCAGCUAGGUCGGCUCACGGAGCCGCGAAGCAGCGCAACACUGCGCUUGGAAGGUGGCCUGCGGCUUGUAGCGGACACCGCAGAGGCCACGUGGUCUCGAGCUGGAGAUGCUCCAGGUGGCGUUUCGAGUUCGACCACACGAGUUGCCGUGUGUGGCACAGUGUACGAAGGCGAUGCUGGGAAAGCCGUACACGAAAAGUUCCGCAUACAUGAGGCCUACACUAUCGUUCGGAAGCGCAUGGAUGAGGUACGGCCGCGAGUGGAGGAGUUGGAAAAAGCUGAGAAGGCUAAAAAGGGAGAGGAGGAUGUCAAGAAGAAAGAGAAAGAAAACGGUGCGAGGGGGCAUUAUUAUUGCUCAAGCUGA